AUGGCAUGCGAUCUUGAAGCGGCUCGGAUUACCUCAUUACCAGGGGAGGCUUUCUACAUCGCGGAUUUCAUCUCGGAGGAUGAAGAGGAGUGCUUACUGCAGAAGGUGGCAUCGGCACCACUGCCACGUUGGACUCAUCUAUCACACCGCCGCCUUCAAACCUGGCCAUCGGCCCUCACAAAAUCAAAUACCCUACUUGAAUCAGACCUGCCAUCGUGGCUGAUAUCUCCCAUCAUCGAGCCAAGAUUCAACGCGCUGGGCAUCUUCAAGGGUGCGCCGCACGGUACACCAAACCACGUACUCAUCAAUGAAUACCAUCCAGGGCAAGGCAUCAUGCCACACGAAGACGGGGCGGCUUAUCACCCACUCGUCGCAACAGUGAGUCUGGGGGCGCCGAUCGUGCUCGAUAUCUACGAGAAGAACUCGAAGCACCCUGCGGAGCAAGGUGGAGAACGUGACCACCCGCAUAUCAGAAAGCCACAGUUCCGCAUCCUACAGGAAAGACGAAGUUUACUAAUCACGAGAGGUCUGCUGUACACAGAGUUCUUGCAUGGUAUUGCAGAAACGUGCAGGGAUGAGGACCUGGGGCCUCAGUCGGUUUGUAAUUGGCAUCUCCUGCGGGAGAAGGAUGCGUUUCUUGUUGGUGGGUAUGAUCGGCAGACGAGGACUAGUCUCACAUAUCGGGAUGUAUUGAAGGUUGCGAAGAUGGGUAAUACGUUGAAGUUUCUGAGUGGCAAAUGA